GUACUAAUAAGUAAUAUGCUUAAGCCAGUGAACCUCCUCAGAAUCACAGACAGAAUCGAUUAUAUUUAAACUAUCAACAAUUGGCAAAUAUCAAUCACCCUCUGAAUGUGAAUCACAAAUACAACAACUACUUCCAAAUCAUACCAGAUACCACUGCUAGGGAAGGGCAUUAAAAUGACCAAUCAAUACACGAGUCGUCUGAGCAGAGAGGAGUGGCUGGAGAAGAGGAAGGAAUUUUGGGAAUCGAGGGUUGAGGGAGAGAGAGUUUAUUGGCAAUCAAUCUAAAAAGCAAUUGAAGAACAGGAUGAAGCCAAUGCAUAAGCAAUUCUCAAUGCAUGUGAUCUCAAAUUGGUUAAUAAUUCCAUUCAGCUACUUUACGACGCCUCCAUGCAUAAAUAUGAUGUCCCAGUCUUUAUGAUCAAUGAACCUCAAUCUUUCCCCUCCACCAAGUUUUGUGAUGCUGGGUUGAUUCAGGAUUUUCAAGAAACGGAAUUAAAAAUCAAAGUGAGAUCUAACAAACUGCCUUAGGAUUUCGAGAUUGUUACUCACACCAACCAAAGCAUUGCUGACUUAAAGACAAAGGUUCAGGAGUCAUCUCCAGGAAUUGAUUAGUGCAGGCUCUUCUUCAAAGGCAGAGAGAUGAAGAAUCAUCAUCUCAUUGGAAAUUAUUAAUUAAAAGACGGAGAAAUGGUCCAGGCCUUUAUGUGA